GAAAUGGAAGAGGGCUCCAGUUCUCCGGUCUCCCCUGUGGAUAGUCUGGUGACCAGCGAGGAGGAGCUGGACAUACAGGAGACAGUCUUCCCGGCAAAGAAGAGACACAGCAAAAAAAACAGCGAGGACAGCAGCGGCAGCAGCCCGGGGCCGGUGAAGAGGGUUAAAAAAGCGAGUCCGAGCAGCAACCAGUCGUACGAGGAGCUGCAGAACCAGCGUGUCCUGGCCAAUGUCCGCGAGAGGCAACGGACUCAGUCUCUGAACGAGGCCUUUACGUCUUUGCGCAAGAUCAUCCCCACGCUGCCCUCGGACAAACUGAGCAAGAUACAGACUCUGAAGCUCGCCUCCAGAUACAUUGAUUUUCUCUGUCAGGUGCUGCAGAGCGACGAGAUGGACAACAAGAUGUCCAGCUGCAGCUACGUCGCGCACGAAAGACUCAGUUACGCGUUCUCCGUGUGGAGGAUGGAGGGUGCUUGGUCUAUGUCUGCAUCCCACUAGCACCCAGGGACCUUCACUUACAAUGCCAAAGCGACUGUUUACUUCUACAAAGUAUGAAGACCAAAGGGAUUAUUGAAGAACCCAUGGACCUCAAAGGCACGGCGGAGAGACGUAAUGUGACCCACAACUACAAACUCUAAAGCAGUGUGUGUGCGUGUAUGUGUGUGUGUGUGUGUGUGUGUGUGUGGAUGCAGAUUCAUCACACUCCUCUGACUGUCUGGAGCUGGUUGUGGCAGAGAGGGGGGACAGAAAGACAGACCUGCAAUGUGUAUAGGCCAAAGAUGUUAUAGAGAAUAGCUUGGUCUGUAUUUCAACCCUUUAACCGUGUUUUAGAAGAAUAUAUAUUUUGUUUUUCAAAGACUUUAAAGUAUAAAAUAUAUAUAAAUGAAUGCAUAUUGUACAUACCUGUGUAAGUACACAUAUAGCCUGUAAAGGGACCAAUGCAAUUUAGAGUCUUUUGCUGCAUGGAUUUAUUUC